AUGCAGAAGGAGAUGGUCCCGCUGGAGAUUCGCCCCACCGACGGAACUGAAAUUGGUGAGGCGGAUCGCAAUAUGGCCGCGUUUCUGGCCAGAAAGGGUCUCGAGACUGUGAAGGGAGGGCAAUUCUCCGCAAAGCCGAUGACUUCUACUCCAAUCGAUACUCAAUCUGCGAAGAAGACUCCCGGACCAUCGUCUUCCAUUGUUCCGGCCUCCGAACAGAUGAACAUCCUCGAGCCGAGUUCGCCGUUGUUUGAGAGAGAGAGAGAGUCGGAGGUCGCCCCGAGCACUCCAAAGCGCAGACCGGAAACCGGAAACCGGAAUCCGGAGACAGAUGACUCCUUUCGCGUUUGA